AUGUCUGCCUCUUCCAGUCGAUCGAUCAACCUCCUGCGUGUCGGAAACCUUCGUGAUGAUGACCCCUGUCCACCUUGCGAUUGUCAAGACGCAUUAAGCGUGGAAAGGACUGCCUGGAUCGACGAUAAUGUAGCUCGCAGGUUUUGGAACCGCAAAAACUCUUUGGUGAGUAUUCCUUUUGUUUACUUACACCGUAUUUGUUAUUUUGAGCUGGGAAUGUACACAUUUUCAUUAAUUGCAACCCUAACCCUAACUCUGGUUUUCCCUUUUAAUCAGUUAGCUGAAGGUCCAAAAUGCAAGUUCUUUAUGUGGAAAGACAAAGAAAUGGAGGAGGGUUGCUACAAAGAACAACUUCACAAGAUGAGGUUUGAGCUGAAAAGGAAAGAAGAGUUUAGUGAAGUUUCGAACGUUCAAAAGAAGUUGGUUAAGUUGCAGCAAGCUAUGGAAGCAGAUAAGCAAGUGUUUGAGACACAGUUGAUGGAGUUGAUGAAGCAAAACAUAAUGUUGAAGUGUGGGAUCUUUAUUAUGGUAAUUGUAGUCAUUUCCAUGUGGUUGAAAUGGCCUUGA